CGGCAGCGGCAGUGGCAGCGGGGAAGGCGGGGGUGCCUUCAGGUGUCUGCGACCUCGCCACCUCCCGCCCGGAAGUGCCCAAGGGUCCGCUAUGGAGCCAGGCGCUCGGUAGCGCAGCGGGCAAGGCAGGUGCCAUGGCCCUGAUCGAAGGGGUGGGUGAUGAGGUGACCAUCCUUUUCGCGGUGCUUGCCUGCCUUCUGGUGCUGGCUCUCGCCUGGGUCUCAACACACACUGCCGAGGGUGCUGAUCCAGUGCCCCAGCCGUCAGGGACCCCAACACCGACACAGCCCAGCGAAGCCAUGGCGGUCACCGACAGCAUCAGAGGGGAGGCCCCAGGAGCUGAGACCCCCAGCCUGAGACACAGAGGUCAGGCUGCACAGCCAGAACCUGGCGUGGGGCUCCCAGCAACACCACCACCUCCAGACUCCCCCCAGGAGCCCCUAGUACUUCGGCUGAAAUUCCUCAACGAUUCAGAGCAGGUGGCCAGGGCCUGGCCCCAUGACACCAUUGGCUCCCUGAAAAGGACCCAAUUUCCUGGCCGGGAACAGCACGUGCGACUCAUCUACCAAGGGCAACUGCUAGGAGACGACACCCAGACCCUGGGCAGCCUUCACCUCCCUCCCAACUGUGUUCUCCACUGCCACGUGUCCACUCGGGUGGGUCCCUCACAGCCGCCGUGCCCGCCGGGGUCAGAGCCAGGCCCCUCCGGGCUGGAAGUAGGCAGCCUGCUGCUGCCCCUGCUGCUGCUGCUGCUGCUGCUGCUCUGGUACUGCCAGAUCCAGUACCGGCCCUUCUUUCCCCUGACCGCCACUCUGGGUCUGGCCGGCUUCACCCUGCUCCUCAGCCUCCUGGCCUUUGCCAUGUACCGCCCGUAGUGCCUCCACGGGCUCUUGGCAGUGUUGCUGGCCCCUCCGGACCUUGCUCCCCACGACACGGUGGGAGUUGCUGUCUGCCCAGGCCUGCCUCUCCGACCUGCCUCUUCCCACUACCCUGGAGCCCAGCCCUGCGCCGCAGAGCACUCCAGGGGCCAGCGGAGGCCCCUCCUUGUGACCUCCACGGCUCUGGGCCGCCCCCCGGGGCAGCUGGCCCUCGGCACCCACUAACAGUCGGCUCCUCCGGGUCAGACAGCUGCUGUCGCUGCCUUGGCCCUCGGCAGAGCCGGGCCACGCCCCUGGGCCCUUCUUAGUGUUCUGCCUGAGAAUCCAGCCACCUCUAGUCCCUGACAGCUCCUUGGGCUGAUUUAGGGACUCAAAGACUGUGAGGGGCUGGAGCAGGGGAGCUGGGAGGGGUGGAGGGGGUUCUCUGGAACAUGUGCAGAUUAAAUAACUGUGAAGUUUUCA